AUGAGUGGAAAGUUUGUUAGGGCAUCUAAAUAUCGUCACGUAUUUGGACAGGCAACUAAAAAAGAGUUAUGUUACGAAAACUUGAAGAUUACAAAGAAUGCCUGGGAUUCCAAUAUUAUUGAUUCGAAUGGGAAAUACUUAUCCGUUAACUGGGAUUCUUCAGGAGGUGGUGCGUUUGCUGUUAUUCCUUUGAGCGAAGUCGGAAAGGCACCAGAUACCGUUCCAUUAUUUAGAGGCCACAAAGGACCAGUAUUAGAUACACAGUUCAAUCCAUUCAACCAACAACAAAUUGUCAGUUGUUCAGAUGAUGGUAAGAUUUGUUUGUGGGAAAUCCCCGAAGAUUAUUCAUUCCACAAGUACUUAGAUGAAUCUGAUAAUAUUAAGGAUAUCACUGAGCCAAUCAAGGUUCUUUCGGGCCAUACUAGAAAGGUGGGACAUGUCGAGUUCCAUCCGUGUGCUGAAAAUGUUUUAGCAUCUUGCUCUAUGGAUUAUACCGUUAAAAUUUGGAAUUUAGAAACCGGUAAGGAUGAAAUUACAUUACAACAUAAAGACUUGGUUACUUCGUUAGCAUUCAACUAUAAUGGUUCUUUAUUGGCUACUACCUCGAGAGAUAAAAAAAUAAGAAUCUGGGAUAUUAGAUCAGGGAAGAUCUUAUCUGAAGGACCAGGUCACACAGGUGCUAAGCCUUCAAGAGUUGUCUGGUUAGGUAAUACUGAUAGAAUUAUCACUACCGGUUUUUCCAGAUUAUCUGAUCGUCAAGUUGGUAUUUGGGAUGUGAAUAACAUUGAAGCAGGUCUGAUUGACGGGUUUCUUGUUAUUGAUGCAUCUUCGGGAGUAUUGAUUCCUGUUUUCGAUGAAUCAAAUAAUAUUUUAUACUUAGCUGGUAAAGGUGAUGGUAAUAUUCGUUAUUAUGAAUAUGACAAUGAUAUUUUACAUGAAUUAUCGCAAUUCUCGUCUACUGACCCUCAAAGGGGGUUUGCCAUUUCACCAAAAUUUUCAGUUAAUGUAAAGGAGAAUGAAGUCCUUAAAUCCUUUAAGACUGUUAAUGACAAUUCUAUUGAACCGAUAUCAUUUAUUGUUCCUAGAAGAUCAGAAUUGUUUCAACUGGAUAUUUAUCCAGACUGUCCUUCUCAAGACCCAGCUUUAACUGCACAAGAAUUUUUCGAUGGUAAGGAAUGUAAUGGACCGUUAUUAAUGAGUAUGGAAUCAUUGUAUGAGGGCACUAAACCAUCCAUCAGAGAAUCAGGCGCUUCGAUAAGUGUCUCUUCAGUUAAAGAAGAAGCAGCUGUAGCCAAGAAAGAGGAGAAACAAGCAAAGGAAAAAGAAUUAAAAGCGAAGAAGGAAUCAACAGAAGAGGUUAAACCGGCGGAAAAGACCAAAGAUAAUAAGGAAUUUACUCCUGAAUCAUCUCAAACCCCAAAGAAUGUUGAUGAGUUGUUGAAAUCAUCAGAUGAUGUUAAUAAUUUGAUCAAUAAGGUAAAUGAUGAAUCGGAUGAUGAAGGAAAACAAAAAGGAGAAGAGAAAGAUGAUGACUGGGAAGAAGUGAAGAAGCCAGAAUCGCCUUUGUCUAAAUCUACUGUUGACCUCAAGAAGGAAGAAGCCAAGAAGGAAAAUGCCAAGAAGGAAGAAGCUAAGAAGGAAGAAGCUAAGAAGGAACAAGCUAAGAAGGAAGAAGCUAAGAAGGAAGAAGCUAAGAAGGAAGAAGCUAAGAAGGAACAAGCUAAGAAGGAAGAAGCUAAGAAGGAAGAAGCUAAGAAGGAAGAAGCUAAGAAGGAAGAAGCUAAGAAGGAAGAAGCCAAGAAGGAAGAAGCCAAGAAGGAAGAAUCUACUCCGUCUACUUCCACAGCAAACACUUCUAAGACUACUACUAGCGGUGGCCCUACAUUAAAAGGAACAGUUGAAAAACUUGCUACAUUAGUAGAAAAGUUAGAAGCUCAAGUCGUUAAAUUAACCGACGCAGGUUUAGAAAAAGAUGCAAAAUUGUCUUCUCUAGAAGAAAAGAUUAACGAGUUACUUAAGAAAUAG